GAUUUGAGUCUGCGCAGAGCGCGUAAACCAAAAACGAAGAGAACGCAGGAGAGUCGAACGGUAAAUUCGGUCGCAGCAAAAUAAACUUUUAGAAUCGCCAGCGAGAGCGGUCUUGAAAGUCCGAAAAAAAAGAAGAAAGCGGCCGUCUAUGACAACAAUUUGAAGUCAAAGGAAAGCUAAGUCGCAAUGAGCAGGAGAAGUGGAAACCAGGACAUAAAAUCAGAAAAGAUGCAGCGCUAUUACGCGGAGCGCGAGACCACAGGACCCGAGUUCGACGAUCGUCUGAUAAAGCUGGUACGUGCCAAUCCGGCCAUCUAUGAUGUCAGCCAUCCUCACUAUCGACGAAAUCCAGUAAGAGUGGAUAUAUGGGAUCGCAUUGCCAACGAACUGGGGGCCUCCUCGCGAUUUCUGCAAACCAAGUGGAAAAACAUACGCUACAACUAUCUGCAGGAGGUCAAGGCAAUCGAAACGGGACAGGCAAAUCCAAAUGUACGCAAGAGGCGCUUUACCGAGGAUCUAUCCUUCCUGCAAAAUACGGCUCAAACCUACAAUGUCAAGAAAUCGCAAUCUUAUGUGGCUCCGCAGAAUGGCGGGGGAAGCGAUAAUGACAGCAAUAGCUUUCUGUAUCCCGAUCCAGAGCACUUGAAAAUCGACGCCUCCGCGGGCUACGACAUCAUCGAGCUGGACAACAGCGAGGAUGGCUCCAAUAGCGAUGACAACGAGAUUGUGCCGGAGCUGCAGCUGGUCAUGGAAGAGCACAAGCCAGAGCUAUCCCUGCAGACGACGUUAAACGGCAACAGCAGCAGCAAUCACAGUCACGAACACGACCACCCCAGCUCGCCGGCCUCCUCGCCCCUGCUCACACCCAUGGUGGUCAUGGGGAACGGCUACGACCAGGAUAUGCAGACCCAAGAGCGGAAGCCGAUAAAAAACAGCUCACUGUCCAACGGAGAGGUUACCAUCGAACCCAUCUACAAGCCGGCGGCCACUAGACGUACACUACCCAGCGACUUUCUAACCAAUCCCUUCAAGCGUAAGGCUUCAGCGGCACCUCUCCAAGCACAAGGGACGACGCAGUACACCGAUCCCAUUGAGCUGUACUGUCUCUCGCUGGUGGACACACUGCGCAGCAUGCCCCGAUCGGAGCGGGAGAGGGUAAAAUUCGAGUUCGCCAACAUUCUGAAGGACGCCAAGUACAAGGACGAUUCCUAGGGCGUCGCAAUUUUAUAAGCAUUACGUACAAUUCUCGUUUAGUCACCUUAGUGGUAAUCAGCACAUUCGAACACGCCCAGAUGGACAUUCAUUUGUAUACACUUUGUUUAAUUAUUACAAAUACUUUUGUAAUUCUGCGUUCGCGUCUUAGGCUAAGUCUAAGUUAAUUUGUCUUAAGAUGAGGCGAUAUGUGUCCAUAUCUAUUCAGUUGUAUCAACAAUGAUCCCAAAUAAAUUAUGCACAAAACAAGGUA